GAACGCGUCCUUCCAGUCGUGUCCCCCCCACGCGCCGGCGGCCGUGGUGCAGCCCAAGGCGGAAGCGGCUGCUGGACACACCUGGCUCCCGAGUGCAGCUAUGGCUGCGGGUGUCCCCUGUGCGCUUGUCACCAGCUGCUCCUCCACCUUCACUGGAGACCGGCUGGUCCAACACAUCCUUGGAACAGAAGAUCUUCUUGUGGAAGCCACUGCCAAUGAUGCCGUGAGAUUUUAUCCUUGGACCAUUGAUAAUAAGUACUAUUCAGCCGACAUCAAUCUAUGUGUAGUGCCGAACAAGUUUCUUGUCACUGCAGAGAUUGCAGAGUCUGUCCAAGCAUUUGUGGUUUACUUUGACAGCACACAAAAAUCUGGUCUUGAUAGUGUCUCCUCAUGGCUUCCCCUGGCAGAAGCAUGGUUACCUGAGGUGAUGAUCUUGGUCUGCGAUAGAGUGUCUGAGAAUGGUGUAAACCGACAAAAAGCUCAAGAAUGGUGUAUAAAACAUGGCUUUGAACUGGUAGAACUUAGUCCGGAAGAGUUACCUGAGGAGGAUGAUGACUUCCCAGAAUCUACAGGAGUAAAGCGAAUUGUUCAAGCCUUGAAUGCCAAUGUCUGGUCCAACGUAGUGAUGAAGAAUGAUAGGAACCAAGGCUUUGGCCUUCUCAGCUCAUUGGCUGGAGCAAACCAUAGCAUUGGAUCAGCAGACCCGUGUCACUCAGAGCAGCCCCGUUUGCCAGCAGCAGAUAGGACUGAAUCCCUGCUGGAUCGUCGGAGUGGUGCAGCUAAUACAGCAGAUGCUCAGGUCGAUAGCAUUGUGGAUCCUAUGUUAGAUAUGGAUAUUCAAGAAUUAGCCAGUCUUACUACGGGCGGAGGAGAUUUGGAGAAUUUUGAAAGACUGUUUUCAAAGUUAAAGGAAAUGAAAGACAAGGCUGCGACGCUUCCUCACGAGCAGAGAAAGUUGCAUGCAGAAAAGGUUGCCAAAGCCUUCUGGAUGGCAAUUGGGGGAGACAGAGAUGAAAUCGAAGGCCUUUCAUCUGAUGAAGAGCACUAAAUUACUCCUACUAGGGUUUGACUAACAAAGAUGCUAACUCGCACUACCUGAGAUACUUUCCUGUCAACCUCGUUACGUUUUGCUGAACUUUCCGUCGUCCUGUUGUCUGCCUGAUGUGUUCAUAGGAUCCUCUUAAUUUUAGUUUUUAGUAGAAGGUUAAGGAGAAAGUUUUCCUCCCUCGGGAUAUUGUAAAGGAGUGAGGAGUAUAAUGACAGUAAGGACUGAUAAUUUUUCAGAUACGCUUUUUUGUUCUAGGAAGGGAAGGGAAUGAGAGGCUCAGAGGUUGUGUGUGACUUGCCCAAGUUAAAGAAGAAGCCACUCUUAGUCAGUUUUUCUGGUGCAUGCCCCACACUUGAUGAUGCAGAUCAGGAGC